AUCACUUCCGUUGAUUUUCCCUAGUAACCCACAUGGAAACCGAUUUCACUGUGUUUUGAGUUUCGGCGCCUGAUGUGGCGGUGAAAGGGAAUCCGAGACGCAGAAAGCAUUUUGUGAACUGUACGCCGGUUUUACUGUCUUUAGGUAACAUAGCUGUAGAGAAGAAAAAAGCAUGAAGAUCGAGGAGGUAAAAAGCACCACAAAAACUCAGAGAAUCGCCCCCCACAGCCAUGUUAAAGGACUCGGGCUAGACGAGGCCGGGAAUGCUAAACAGUCAGCAUGCGGGCUAGUCGGCCAGGAGGCUGCAAGAGAGGUACUGGUCAUGUUUCACGACAUCUAAGAUAAUCAAAUAUUGUUUAGAUGAACGGAUUUGGUAUGUGAGGAAUUUUUGGCGAGCAGAUUUGUUCUUAAAUGGUCUUAAAGCUGCAUCUAUGAGCUUAACGGAGCUCCGUUAGCAUCAUGGUGGUGUCGCUGUUUCACUCCUAAUUCAGAAAUAAAGGCAUGAACUAGUAUUCAUUCAUACUUUCUUCAACGUGCAUAGUCAUAUAAGUUUUGAAAGAGCACCCUUGAACUUAAAACAUGGCGAUCUAUAAAUCGGACGUAUGCAGUGACUGUAACAUUGAAGAGAUCAGUGGUACCCAUGGUGGUUUUAUUGUAGGGCUGGGUGAUAUGGGAAAAAGUUUAUCAUGAUAUGUCUUUUUUAAACAGUCGAUAUUGAUAUAUAUCACGAUAUUAAAAAAAAUCACUUGUCAAUCUUGAAUGUUCCCUGUUACACUUAAAUGAGAUUAAGUAGUGCUUAUUGGUAGCAUGUCUUUUGCAAUGCAUUAAGCCACUGCAUCUGUCUUUGUGUCUCUUUGACGUUUUGUCGUAAGGCGUUGCUCUAGAGAAAGUGGACUGAAUGGUCAGCUGUUUCAGCUGCACAGGCGCCAUGGGCUCCUUGCUCUUCUCGGGGUUUGUAACCUUUUGCAUUGCGCAUGCUCUGCAUUGUGGCGCUGCUUCAGGUGGUGAAAAAGAUUUAAGGUUUUCCCGACUUUGUGAGAACAUGUACUCGACAUAAUUUGCAGUACACAUUACUCUGCUUCAUGUCCAACUUCAAAAAACCAAAAUACCUCCACACCACCAACGUUUUCGUGCAAGUGUUGUUGACAAUGUCGUCAUUUAUUCAGCCUUUACCUACAUUUCUUCCGGGAGUAGCACUCAUUUUCUUUUUUUCUCACCGACCGUGCUGUCGGCUACUACGCAGUUGUUUGAUACUUGGUUCUAAUUCAGCACAUGGUUGGUUCAGCAUGAAGUGGACCCGGAGCAACUCCCCUUUUCAUUGGCUAUUCGUAUAGUCUACCAAAACAUGGCAGAAUGCUGACUAUCAAAAAGCAUAUUGACCAUGUUUUAUAUUGAUAUUGAGGGAAAUUAAUUUUUGAUAUAUACUGUUAUAGUUUUAUCACCCAGCCGUAUUUUAUUGUAAAUAAUUUUCUAAUUUAGAUGGCGUAUUAUUAUCUAGAAGCUUCUCAAUUUAUAGUUUUUGUUCACAUGGUCAGUUGGGAGAUUGACAUUUAUGUUUGAAAGUGUAGUGAGUGAUGGUGCUCUGAGAUGUGUAAUAUUAAAAAGUGCUCUCAAUAUUUUGUCUACCUCAUUAACAAAAACGGGGGAAGCAAAACUUUAGGAACUCCCUUCAAAACAGUCCACCACAACUUUGACAAUCAAUUCAGUGAACAGUUAUCACUUCUCUGUCCAUAUCAACAAAAUUUUUAAUGGUGAGGCUUCCUUACAAGGAUAUUCCAGCAUACAAUUAAUUUAGGGUCCCCCCCGAGAGAUGAAUGUUGCAGACCACUUGUUUCUCUAGUUAUUACUCAGUGUUACAGUGUGUUUGACCCUAAAUUAAUUUUACGCCGGCAUAUCCCUUUGAAGAUGAAUUUAUGUUGGAGUUCUUACAUUAGAUUGCCCUGGUGUUCAUAAUCCUAUGGUUGGUUAGUGAAGGUUAUCCAUGCAUAUGCUUUUUUUCUGAUUAUCAUCUGAAAUUAUCACAAACUGGAACGUCAUCGCAAAAAUUGGAAAGAUUUUGAGUUAAAUAUAAAAGAUUUGUCACAUUUGUAUAUCCAUGUCAUUUAUUCACACUGCAGGCUUGUGGGAUCAUUGUUGAGCUGAUCCGUUCAAAGAAGAUGGCAGGGAGGGCAGUGUUACUGGCAGGGCCGCCUGGUACAGGAAAGGUAAGUACAGGGUUCUCAUUUACUAGAAAAACUACUUGGCAUAAUAAGGCUUAAAAUGCUGUUGCUAAAACAUGAGUGAAAAAUCUCUUAUCUGUGUGGCUUCUGCAGACUGCCCUUGCCCUGGCUGUAUCUCAUGAGUUGGGAAAUAAGGUGCCUUUCUGCCCCAUGGUGGGCAGUGAAGUCUACUCAUCUGAGAUUAAGAAAACAGAAGUACUCAUGGAGAAUUUCAGGAGGGCCAUAGGUAAGUAACUGCUAAACAUUGUUUAGUUUUAUUCAUCUGAAUAAGUCACUGUCAUAAAGGUUGGUUUUUGCUCAUGAUCUGCUUGGAAAUGACCUUGCAGAUAUUUCAAAAAGAGCUAAAUUGAUUUAACAGAAGUCAAUAAAGGGGGCACAGAAUGUCUGUCCUUUUAAAACAAGUUUUAAAUUUUUAACUGAGUUUUUCAAUCAAAAUACUGUAUUAUUAAUGAAAUUAUUUUAUUUUAUAUUGUUAUUUACCCCUCAUUGUAGUCUUCUUUAUUCAGCCAUAUGUUAUAAAUUUGUUAUUUCAAUUAUCUUUCUGUCUCAUUUUAAUUCAUUUCUGUCUUAGUUGAUUUAUAAGUGUAAUAUAGUAGUAUUUUUAUUUUCAUUAUCCUUCUCAGGUUUGAUCAAGUUUACCUCAAGUGUUUCCACAUGAACUCAUGAUUGUGUUUCCUCAGUUUUUAGUUCCUGUUUUAUUUUAAUUUACUUAUUUUGUUUUAUUUGUCAUGUUUGUUUUUGUUUGUGUAAAUUUGGAUCAUGAAUAAAGGUUUUUGAUUUUCUUUUUAUUUUAUUUGUUUAUGUAAAGCGCUCUGUGCUGCAUUUUGGUUGACUCCAGUAUAUGAUAUAAAAAGGGGCAGUUUUGAUCAAACAUUUUAUGAAGGCAUUUGAGUUUUAUGUUGGAGUCAGUUAUAUUCUAAAUUCUACAUUUUUUUGCAGAAAACAUGUCAUUGUUACUGUGGGAGCAUCUUGGCUCCACAUGUCUGUUAUAGGGCUCAUGAACUACAAAUAAUCAGUAUUGAUCAUCGCUUAGACUGCUAGUGAGAGAACACCUUUUGGGCUGGAAGAGCAAGGUGUCCUGCAAGCUUGGUCGUUAUGACCUCAACAGCCACACUCACUACGAAUUCAGCAAAAUGGUGUUGAGCAGGAAGGAAGGAAGGAAGGAGGGCUAGAGAGUGUGUGUGUGUGUGUGUGUGUGUGUGUGUGUGUGUGUGUGUGUGUGUGUGUGUGUGUGUGUGGGGGGGGGGGGGGGGCUGUUGCCUGACUGCUGAUGGUACCUGUCACAGUGACAGAAAUUAAGAAGCUCAGACAGAGGAGGGGUGGCCAUCAGCACCUUUCCUCCUCCCUCAGAACAAAAUCCACAGAGUGAAGGGGCUGUUAUUUUCCGUUUGUCAACACUGUGGUUGAUAAGAGUGCUGUGACUGGGAGCUCUGCAUUCGCCUCACAGUCACCCAUGUGUUGCUCAUACUCCCUACAGCAGGCUGCACAAAAAGGAACAGAAGUAUUAUAGUUACACAAAAUUAUAUUCAGUAGGGCCCGACUGAUAUGGAUUUUUUGGGGCCUGAUACCGAUUAUUAGGGGGGAAAUAUCCGAUCACCAAUUAAUCGGCCAAUUUUUAAAAUUUUUUAUGAAGCCUCUGCGUCUUAACUCAUGUUACACAUUUCCGGUCUGGUCAUCUGGAGACAUGCAGCUGCCUCAGUAAGAGAAGUAGCUCGAUCACGUAAUGUGUACUGUUGUUUAUUCUACUGUUACUGGCACAGCUAACAGUGUAGCAAGGCUAAUAGCCGGUGGCUAACUCCAACUUUAGCUUACAUAUUACAUGGUGCUUCACCGUUAACUCGGCGUGACCGAGACCAGCACAGCGGGGAACAUGGUGAAGUGGGUUGAACUGAAACUUGUUGGCUUGUUGUGUAUUUCACAAACUGGUUUAUUUAUCGCUGAGGCGGACCACUCUCCUCCGUGCGUCCCUGAGCUGUCUGCUUCAGAUCCGUCACUCUGCUGUGCUCUGAGGUAGUUAGUGGGUGAAGAUUCGCAUGAGGUCGCUUCGCCAUCUACAGGAUAGGUUGGGGAACUUUUCAAAUGGCGGAACAUUUUCAAAGUGAAACCGAAUCUUAUUCUCAGCAUUUUUUCUGAAAAUAUAGGCGAGUUUUGGCCGAUUGGUCUCAAACGGGCUAAAAUUGACCGACUUAAUUGGCUCGCCGAUAAAUCGGUCGGGCCCUAAUAUUCAGACAUUUUAUAGGCACAGGUGAACAUGUUCUCUCUGAGUAAUAAAACAUUGUUCAUUGGACUGAAGGAGGUAACAGGUUAGUCUACAGAUGAAUACAACUCUCUGGCUGAUCUCUCACCUUUGAAUGUUCUCACUCUGUAUUCAGGACUGCGUAUCAAAGAAUCAAAAGAGGUGUAUGAAGGGGAGGUGACAGAGCUGACCCCCUGUGAGACUGAAAAUCCCAUGGGUGGCUACGGGAAAACCAUCAGCCACGUCAUCAUCGGUUUGAAGACGGGCAAAGGCACGAAGCAGCUCAAGGUCGGGCAGCCUUUUUUUCUUGUUCUCUUUUGUUAUUCUACUGCACAGUGUACAUUUUGAGGUAUGGAGCAGAAAGGAAACUGGUGUGAAUUGAUCUACAAGGGUCAACUAAUCAUUUUCCUGCAAGUUUGUCAGAAAUAUUCAUGUCAUGGUAAUUUUUAGGUAAAACUUGCUAUGAUUACACUCAUGACAAACAUCAACGUCAUACUCAUUAUCCUCUUUUCUUCUGUAAAUAGCUGGACCCCAGUAUCUAUGAGAGCCUUCAGAAAGAGCGUGUGGAAGUGGGAGAUGUCAUCUACAUUGAGGCCAACAGUGGAGCCGUCAAGGUAAAACAAAGUUAUGAUCAUCUACUUCAAAAAAAUAUCUUGAAUUUUUACCUCCUAAACAUCCUCCCUCUGGACUGAACUGUUGUGUUUAGAAGCUGAAAACAAAUAUUCCCCAUGCAUCUCUUUAUGUUCCCUCUAUCUAUAUGAAAAGACUACAAACUAUUAGGUCACACUGAAGCUCAGAGCUGUUUUUGUGCCUUGAAUGACCUCUUCCGUCCUUCAUGGUGUGGUUCUGUCAUCUCCUUCAGCUCUGCAUGAAAGCUCUGCUGCAUUUCUACUGUACUCUGGAAUGAGCCUCUCUCAUUUCUGCUGCUCUCUAUGCUCCCUCUAUCUCUUCAUCUUCAACAAUACCUCUUUUCAAGCGGCAGGCUUGCGGCCUGUGUUGAUAGGCUAAGAUGGCGGUUCCUUUAAUCAUCGCAGGUGGGCUCGGGCCUGUUGGUCGGCUCUGGUCAGAGGGCUGGGUAACACAUUUGUUACUGUUGACAGCUGUAUCAUGACCUACCCUCUCAAAGUCUUUCAUCUCUUAGCCACAUGCCUUCCUCCUUGUGAUGGGCCGGCUCCGGGUCCAGUUAUACACCUGCUCACCUCUCCUCCCCUGUGCUGUCUUUUGUUUCACUCUUGUUGAGAGCAAUUUGAGGCUUUUGAACCGAAGAGACAUUCUUGGUGUUCGCUGUCUUUGCAGAGACAAGGCCGUUGUGACACAUUUGCUACAGAGUUUGACCUGGAGGCAGAGGAGUAUGUGCCGCUGCCCAAAGGUGAUGUCCACAAAAAGAAGGAGAUAGUCCAAGAUGUCACGCUGCAUGACCUGGAUGUUGCAAAUGCAAGACCACAGGUGUGUAAAAACAAACAUCCUUUAACUUUACAUCAGUGAAGCUGUCUAUACUCAACAAAAAACAGACUUUUGAGCAUAACACAAUAUUUAAAUAGUUCAUUUUUUUACACACGUGUCAUUUUUCUCUUAGGGAGGCCAGGAUAUUCUCUCCAUGAUGGGACAGCUAAUGAAGCCCAAGAAGACAGAAAUCACAGGUAGAGGAACCAAAACACUCUGCAGCUCACAUCCCUAACAGGCAGCAUCUUCAGUUAAACUUUUUUUCUUUGAACAUGUCCAUGUGGCAGCCAUCUUCAUCCAUUUCCAUGUAUGCAAAUUCUCAAUUAAAAGGGUAAUGUAAUGUUGCCGUGUUCCAGGCUGUAAAUCCUUUACACUUUGGUUUUCUGAAAACUGUUGCUGUAGCUUACUAUUCAAAUAGAAAUGUGGAUGGACAUGGGUUGAUAUUUCAAAGUAUGUUGACAUAUUUGAUCACUCAUUGGCUGCCACUAGACAAGAGCUACAGUUAGCAUUUAGCCGCUUCUUACCUUGUAUUGCUGUUGGUUAGGAAUCUACACUGUCUCUAUUGUUAUUGUUUUUUACUGAUCAUUGAAUGUCCGUAUACAGUCACUUCUUGUCUAGUGUUAUUGUUUGAAUGUGUUUGUAAAAUAAGAAAGUCUUCAGUUGGCUCUUCAGUAGCAGAAUGGUCAUAUUAGCCUCAUGAACCAAACCUUAAAAGUUUAAUAGAUUAUUUUUUAACCUUCAAAUAUGGCUCCAUGUACGUCCAUGAAUGUUCCAGUCUGAGGAACUCUAAAAUAACAUCUAUGAAUUGGAUCCUCUGUGUUUACAUUACCUCUAACCUGGAACACAGCCUCAGGAAAAAAAAUCAUAAUUUAUGCUCCAUCUUUUGGCUUGAAGUGAAGGAAAACAGCCGCAGUGUGAACACGAUGAAUUGUUUGCUCACGAUUAUUUGCUCUUGUUUCAGACAAACUUCGCGCCGAAAUCAACAAAGUGGUGAACCGUUAUAUUGACCAAGGUGUAGCUGAGCUUGUACCUGGGGUGUUGUUUGUGGAUGAGGUGCACAUGCUGGACAUCGAAUGCUUCACUUACCUUCAUCGGGCACUUGAGAGCACAAUCGCCCCCAUCGUUGUGUUUGCCUCCAACAGAGGAAACUGUUUGAUCAGGUUAGAGGACUAAUACUAAUUACUAAUUGAUACUAAUACUAAUAAAAAUUUGAGAUAUUAUCUUGUCAAUUUUUACUUGUGGAAGUAAAACGAUAAGGAUUGAUGAGGACAGUUAAUGAUUUGCUGUUUCUGCUGGAGUAAUAAAUAGUUUGAAGCAAAAACAUAAUUCAACUGAAUCCUUUCCUUUGUUGAAAUGUAAGAUUUGUGAAAUCAACAAAGAAUUUUUUUUUCACACCAGGGGGACAGAGGACAUCAGCUCUCCACAUGGGAUUCCUCUAGACUUGCUGGAUCGCGUCAUGAUCAUCCGCACCAUGUUGUACACGCCACAGGAGAUGAAACAGGUGAGGAUGAGUAUUGGAGUGUCUUUAUGAGGGAUGUAUGGAUCUGGACUUGUUUCACUCAUGUUCAUAUGUUGUAGAUCAUCAAGAUCCGAGCUCAGACUGAGGGGAUCAAUAUCAGCGAGGAGGCUCUAACACAUCUGGCAGAGAUCGGCACCAAGACAACCCUCAGGUGUGAAUGUCUGCUUUGUAUUAGUGGAGAACCAGAGUGAGAAAUGAGCCUCAUGUCGAGUGGCCAAAGUGGUUUAUUAGCAACAACUUAUGAGGCUCACUAUAUAUCAAGCAGUCUGGUGUGAAAUUCAAAAACAUAACACGUUGGUUAACCUCUGAUUUCCUGUUUCCUCUCAGGUACGCUGUGCAGCUGCUCACACCAGCCAAUCUACUGGGCCGCGUUCAAGGCAAAGAGUCGGUGGAGAGGGAGCAGGUAGAAGAAAUAAACGAGCUGUUCUAUGACGCCAAGUCCUCCGCCAAGAUCCUGCAAGACCAGCAUCACAAAUUUAUGAAGUAAAACUGGAUUUGUCUGUUGUUUCUCAGCCAGUUGUUACAUAGUUCACAUUGAUGGUCUGAACUAACAUCAAUUUUAUCCUACAGACUUUCCCAUCUCUACUAUCUCUACCACAGUUCAUUCUAGUUUCUCUGCAUUAUUUACUGUGAUCGUUUUGUUCUAACUAUUUUUAUUUGUUUGGUUUAUGAGGAUAAUUUUUGAAUAAAAAGAAAAAUACAAAUCCUCUC